UUCUUUUAAAAGGCAAUGUACGAAGUGAUAGGUGAAGUGAUAAUGACAUUUUGUUUCUGUUUCACAUCCUCACGAAAAUAUUACAGGAUAGUAUGUUUGGAUUUAAAACAAUACAUGGGCAAUAAUUUCAGAAGUUGACCCUGUUGUCAUAUCCCGUUGUACUAAUUUGAACCGGUUACAAAUACCGGAAGUGAGAUUGAGAUCUGUCAAAAUUUGUAAACAACAAUUAUAAUUGAACAUUGACCAAGAAUAUAUUUAAACAGAUCAUUUAUCAUGGACCGUGAUGAUGAACAGAUUUUGAGUUUAGAUGAAGAUAUUGAUGAGCGGCAGGUGCAGCCUUUUGCAGCCUCGAUUUAUGACGUAUCCCAUCAAGAAAAUGAUUCCAAUUCCAUCGGCAUAGGGGGUGGAAACUUCGACAGCGAACAGGCAGGAAAUGGUAUAAAUAUUGAAUAUGAGCUGAGACUUCUGCAAGCGCAAGUUUUCAUUGAGGAUGCUGCCAUGUAUCGUGCUGUUGACCACAAAGUUGAUACAAGGUCCCUGAAACUGUACCGGCUCUACCAUUCCAGACCAUUCUCCAUGUUUAGAACUUUUGUGAUAGUCCUUCUCCACUUAUUGGCAUUUUUUGAGUUCCCAUCCUCACUAACGUGGACGUCCGAUAUAAGAACCCGGGGCGAGCGGGUUAACCUGCCUUGCGGGCUCACUGAGGCCAUAGAGUUCUUCUGCUUCAUGUUCUUUAUCUGUGAUAUUGUUUUGAAGGAGCGUGUAUAUGGAUAUCACCACCUGGUUAAAAAUCGCUGGAUAAUAGCAGAGAUGGCCGUCAUCAGCGUGUCGCUUGUAGACUGGUCUGUGUCUAUCAGCCUUGGCUGUAAAGAUGUUGUGCGUGUACGGCGAUUGUUGCGACCUCUUUUCAUCAUACAGAACUCUUCCCUCAUGAAGAAAAUACUCAACUCUCUCAGGAAAACUGUGCCUCAAAUAUUUGGGGUGUUACUUCUUAUGGCUCUUCACCUGUACAUAUUCACAUUGUUCGGAAUGCUACUUUUCCCCAAACCCAACACUUCACCUGGUAGAAAUGGCAUGGGAGUGUUACCACCUAGCAACAUGAGUAACGCCUCAACAUCGACUGGAGAUAAUGAAGCAGCGUAUUUCCGCACACUUGCUGAUUCUUUCAUCAACCUCCUGGUGCUUCUUACAACUGCAAAUAAUCCAGAUGUGACAUUGCCAGCCUACAGCAGGAACCGGCUGUACGCCAUUUUCUUCAUUGUCUUUCUCAUCAUUGGACUGUACUGUUUCAUGAACAUGCUGACUGCUAUCAUAUAUAACCAGUUCAGAGGCUACUUCCUGAGCGCUAUGCAGAAUAGCCUGAUGCGUCGACGGCUCGGACAACGGGCAGCAUUCGAAGCCCUAAAACACAAGAGCAUGAAUAUGAUGCACGUUCAGGAUGCAGGGCCCAGUAUGGAUGAGGAACACAGCCAUACAGUGUCAGUACGGGACUUGAAGGCCAUCAUCUCACGAUCAAACAUUGGCCAGGAAAUGAAAAUCAUCCUGAUUGAUACAAUAGCGCAAGGAUUUGUUCAGGACCAGAUGUUGUCAUGGAACAACUUCCUGUCUGUUCUGCGAAUGAUGGAGAUGGAUAAAAGUCAGAAAGAGAAGCCAAGCAUUCGCUGGAUAGUUGGUCGACCAUGGUUGCUAUGGCUACAGAAGGCUGUUUGUCAUCGAUACUUCAGUUACUUUGGAAACUUCAUGGCGCUUGUCAAUGUCAUCCUGAUAUCUUUUGAGUUGGCGACAGAGUAUGACAAGUCUCUAAUGUCCAGCAAAUCAGCCCUUAGGAUCAUGAACUUCCUAUUCAUCUUGUACUACAUGGUAGAGCAGGGACUGAUCCUCGCCUGUAUGGGAUUUCGGCGCUACAGAUACAGCUGGGCUAACAUCUAUGACGGAUCCAUUGUCCUUUUACUACUGAUCUCAGAAAUCAUCACCGUUGCGUUGUAUGGAUUUCCAUUCUUUAGUUACAGUCGGUCUGAGGUUGAGAAUAACAUCACUCUGUGGAAUAUUGUGCGGUUUAUCAACAUUCUCAUCAUGUUCAGAGUCCUGAGAAUCAUCUGGCACAUUAAGGCGAUGGCCAUUGUGGCACACACUCUUCUUGAUCUCGUGAAGAACCUACAGUCCUUCGGCGGUAUACUCAUUGUGAUAUACUAUUUCUUCGCCAUGCUCGGAAUGGAAUUGUUUCAGAACAAGAUCACAUACAACCCUGGAAAUGGCUCCGUGCAUGCAGGUAUUGGUAAUGGUUCCUAUAUCAAGCCAGCCAACAUGACCUGUGGAACGUAUGAACAGCUGGACUAUUGGGCCAACAACUUUGACGACUUUGCAGCAUCACUGGUGGUAUUGUGGGACGUCAUGGUGGUCAACAACUGGAUGGUCUUCCUUUACGCCUACGGCAAAUACACUUCCAAAUGGUCGUACCUGUACUUUAUUGCCUGGUGGCUAACAUCUGUGAUCCUCAUACUCAAUCUUUUCACAGCUCUUAUUCUAGAGAACUUCAUUAUGAAAUGGGAUAGGUUUUACGACAGCCAGCAAAGGUCGCGGGCAGUUCAACCUUCGAUGGGUGAUGGGGGCGGUCAGAGACGGUCAAGAGCUUUGUCUCAGUCGAUGAAGAUGGACACACUCACGGUGCAUGAUAUAUUCAGGUCCAAUCUGAAGGAGCCAGAAGAGCGAGAGAUCCUGGAGAACCUAUCACAACUCAGGUUUUUCCAUUAUGUGGAUGUCCGACGACACACAGAGAGCUUUGUAACUUGACAUCCAUUCACAGCCCCCAAGGUCACCAUUACUGCGUUCAUUCAGAUUGUUGAACAUGUGUGAUAAAAUGUAAAAAAUAGAACACGGAACAACAGUAGUCAUCCCAAGGUUUAAAAGAAGUUUCAUUUCAAGUGCAUACUUUGGGAAGCAAGGUUUCAAGAGCUGAGUGACACUGUCACUACUGUGUUCACUUCAUAUACAUUCAUUUGUGAUAUUUGACAUAUUUAUAAAGUGCCGAUUGUAUUCAUAUUCAUUGCAAUCUAUUGAAAACUAUUGUAUUUAUAUAAAAGACGAACAAAAACAUGUAGAGUUACAUUCUUCUACAAAUUGAGAUUUCAUUCUUAUGAUUAUCUGAUAAUGAUCUGACCCAUAUCUGCCUCAGGAUACAUACUUGCGUUAAUGAUAUUAAUUUAAUUUCAUGUAAGAUAUAAACUGCUUUCCUCAAUAAUUUUUUAUAAGAUUUAGAACAAUAUUUAUCUAUUAUACAUAUAUAUAUAUAUAUAUAUAAAACUACAGCAGGCUGCAAUCCGAAGUCUCCCCUGCCCUGUUGCCACUGUCACACCGGUCCUUGCUGAUGUCACUGACAGUAUAUUUAAAACAUACUUUCACUGCUACUGUUUGAAUUACCGACUUGUUUAUUCAAUUGAAUUUCAAAAGUAAAUCAUGUAUGAUAUUGUAAAGCCUUCAUCUUAAUGGCAUUAACGCACAAAGUUACUUUUGAUUGCAUUUUUAUUUUUAAAUGUGGCUAAAUGAGUGCUUUUACUUUACUUCAGCCCUUGAAAUGUAAAAGCCACAAAAUACUAUUAUGAUUAUUAAUCUUUUACAUUACUCUACCAAGGUAUGUUAAAAAAUAUUCAUAAAAAAUAAAAAUGUCUGUAGACAUUUGCGUUUAUGCAAGUUGGUGUCAAAAAUAGUUUUAAAUAAUGAAAUAUAAUAUAUAAGUGAUUGAAUGUCUGUGAUACAAGAUUUAAACUUCUUGCUUUUAAUAAAUGUUCUUGUAUGAUUAACAAGGUAUUCAAUGAAAAUUGGGUUAUUAGAAUGAGGACGUCAUUGGGUGGGCAUUGUCCAGCAGUGCCAAGCUGGUUGUUUAGCUCAAUAACUUUAGCUAGGAUUGAUAUAUAAUGAUGAAACUUGGUCUGCAGCAGACUCAAUGGAAGAUGUUCCUAAGGAUUUAUUUCUAUGCCUAAUUUCUUGAUGGCACAAAUUAAAACCUGGUUCCGUCACAUGGCAGGAUUUCUCAAAGUUUAUCUUAUAUAACAAUGUAUAAUACUUAAUGAGAAGGAUUUAUAAGCAGUGUAAUUAUGAUGCCACUUUGUUUUUUGGUUGUUUUGGGGUUCUAAUAGAAUCAUUAUAAUAAUUAUAUUGCUUUACAGUAAAACUUUAAUCCCUAAA